AUUCUGUUUGUGUGUCUCACUCUGGUAUCUGCUGACUAAAACUCCCACAGGUUACCCAGGUCCCUCUUGAAAAUGAGAUCUAGAUCUCAACGGGGUUUACCUGGUUAAAUAAAGGAAUAAUGAAAAUGAAUGAAAAUUUGAAAAGGGAAAAAACAGACGCACCAUGUUGUCCACGUUGCAAUAUUUCCCAGGUUCUGGUAUUGGUGUCACUACAGCCUGUUUCCAACUGUUAGGUAAUGUUCCACAUUCCCAUACUUCACUGUACAACUCAAUUUCAAUUCAGUUUGUUUGUUUGUUUAUAUUGCACCAAUUCACAACAAAUCACCAAGGAACUUUACAAAAAUAACUAAUUUAAAUUCAGUCACUCCUGCAUAUUCCAACUGAUCGUAGUUAUCAAACAGCACAAUACGCUAAAUUAAUUAUGCUAAGUAGUUUAAAAGUUUAUAUCUAAAGAUAUAAGAAAAGAAAAAUCCAAUAAGAUUAACUUUUAAUAUUCCCUAAGUACACUUAUAAUAUAUCAGAUUUAAUCAAUUCCUGGAGUUGACAUCUUAAUCUUUCUUAAUGAAUGUCGUAACAAUUUAAAAAUUCAUAAUAAUGACAUUAUCUCUCUCAGUGUUGCAUUAUUUAUUUCCUUAAUUUUUAUUAAAGUUGCUACUCUACAUUGCUCAUUAAUAUUAUUUGUACGAUGUAUUUUGGAAAACGUCUGCACUAACAUUGUAGAUAUUGUUCAUUACAGGAUAACCUGAUUCUUCUCAUAUCAUUCAUUUGAUUAAUCAUUCUCCAGACUCUCCCUCAGGCUCACACUCCUCCCAUCUUCCUGUUCAAACACGCCUUAAAGCUUUGAGGAACCAGCAGCAGAAGGUGAAAGCUGAUUGGCUGCAGCCAGUGAGUCAUAGAUGAGAGCUCAAACAUGUUUCUGUUUUCAGGAAAUAAAAAUCACACAGUCUUUGAGACUGACAGCAGAAAUGGAGCAGCAGGCAGUUCAGUUGGAUAGAGAAACUUUUUUCUGUUCGAUCUGUCUGGAUCUACUGAAGGAUCCGGUGGCUAUUGCCUGUGGACACAACUACUGUAUGAACUGUAUCAAAACCCACUGGGAUGAAGAGGAUGAGAAAGGAAUCCACAGUUGUCCACAGUGCAGGGAGACAUUCACACCGAGGCCUGCGCUAAAGAAGAACACCAUGCUAGCAGCUUUAGUGGAGCAGAUGAAGAAGACUGGACUCCAAGCUGCUCCUGCUGAUCACCGCUAUGCUGGACCUGAAGAUGUAGGAUGUGAUUUCUGCACUGAGAGAAAACUGAAAGCCAUCAAGUCCUGUUUAGUCUGUCUGGCCUCUUACUGCGAGAAACACCUUCAACCUCAUAAUGAUCUUGCUCCUUUAAAGAAACACAAGCUGGUGGAGCCGUCCAAGAACCUCCAGGAGAACAUCUGCACUAAGCAUGAUAAAGUGACUGAUAUCUUCUGCCGCACUGAUCAGAAGUGUAUCUGUUAUCUCUGCUCUGUGGAGGAACAUAAAGGCCAUGACACAGUGUCAGCUGCAGCAGAAAUAGCUGAGAGGCAGAGAGAGCUGGAGGAGAGACGAGGAAACAUCCAGCAGAGAAUCCAGGACAGAAAGAAAGAUGUGAAGCUGCUUCAACAGGAGGUGGAGGCCAUCAAUCGCUCUGCUGAUAAAGCAGUGGAGGACAGUGAAACCAUCAUCACCAAGCUGAUCCGUCUCCUCCGGAAAAGAAGAUCUGAUGCGAAGCAGCAGAUCAGAUCCCAGCAGGAAACUGAAGUGAGUCGAGUCAAAAAUGUUCAGGAGAAGCUGGAGCAGGAGAUCACUGAGCUGAAGAGGAAAGACGCUGAGCUGGAGCAGCUCUCACACACAGAGGAUCACAACCAGUUUCUCCUCAACUACCCCUCACUGCCAGCACUCAGUGAGUCUACACACUCAUCCAGCAUCAACAUCCGUCCUCUGAGACACUUUGAGGACGUGACAGCAGCUGUGUCAGAGCUCAGAGAUAAACUACAGGACGUCCUGAGAGACUCAUGGACAAACAUCUCACUGAUGGUCACUAAGGUGGAUGUUCUACUGUCAGAACCAGAACCAAAGAGCAGAGCUGGAUUCUUAAAAUAUUCAUGUGAAAUCACUUUGGAUCCAAUCACAGCACAAACACAGCUGGCACUAUCAGAGGGGAACAGGAAGGUGAGACUGAUGGGUCAAUCUCAGUCUUAUCCUAGACAUCCAGACAGAUUCACUCAUUACUAUCAGGUUCUGAGUAGAGAGAGUCUGACUGGACGUUGUUACUGGGAGGUGGAGUGGAGUGGAGGACCAACUAUCAUAGGAGUCGCAUACAAGAAUAUCAGCAGAGUAGGAAUAGGAAAGGAAUGUUUAAUUGGAGAUAAUGGCAAAUCAUGGGCAUUAAAUUGUCAUGAUUCUAAAUUUGGUCACAACAACAUCUGGACCUCCGUCUCAGGUCCAGUUUCCUCCAGAGUGGGAGUGUACCUGGAUCACCGAGCAGGUAUUCUGUCCUUCUACAGCGUCUCUGAAACCAUGACUCUGAUCCACAGAGUCCAGACCACAUUCACUGAACCGCUGCUGGCUGGAGUUUAUGUUUAUAAAACUGGAUGUUCUGCAGAGUUCUGUAAACCCAACUAGAUUUUCUCUCUGAUUGUUGAUUAGGGUUCAUUAUUCUGAUUGUUCAUUAGGGUUGAUUAUUCUAUUCUACAGUUUUGUUUCUGAUUUUUCGGGUUUAAAUGUAUUUCUCUCAGUCAAGGAGCCAUAAAGGGAACCACUGCUGACAUUUUCUUUUAUUCUAAUAUGACAUAAGUAUUUCUCCACAAGAAAAUCUAAAUGCUUCUGGGAUCUAGUAGUUUUUCUGUAAUAUUUCUGUUGAGCUAUUAGGAUGUUGUUGUUGUUUAAAUCAGUUGAGGUUGAAAUGAACUGAACUUACUUCAUGUUGGUUCCUUUAUUGUAAUUCAAAGAAGAAAGUGAAACUACCAUAAACUUAGAACUAAUGCUGUUUUCUUAUAAAUAUUUAUAUCAAUAUCAGUGAAAUAAAUUUCUGCUGUUGUGUCUCUUUGGCUUUCUUCAAUAAAACAACUUGAUUACAGAGACA